CUCGCCAUAAAGUAUGGAAGCUUCUCUGAAAAUAGAAGUCCGUUGGCGGAAACAUUGGGAUGAACACCAACUGAUUCUAGAGAGAGAGAGUUUUUAGAUGAAAGUGGUAGAGAGAGAGAAUUGUGGGGAAAGGUUUGGGUAUUAAGGAAGGGAUUAGAAGGGUAGGGAGGGGGAGGAGGAGGACAGGAUAGAGGACGCUUUCUCUUUGUAAAAACUUCUUCCCGGUGACGGAUUCAUUCUCUCUCUCUCGCGCUCUGCCCCGUUGCCGUUCGUCCCCUGAAUGCCUCACCAGUGUUCAGGCACAUUGUGACGAUCUUUAAGCGGAGGAGCGAGGGGCUAAUAGGUCGUCGGAGAUGUAACAAAAUGGGUGCAACACUUGACAUAUUAGACAUUGUUUAUGCCCAUUUCCGACCUGAGAUGGCUAAUCUUCAAGGGAAGACUUAUUCUUUCAAAAUCCUAUAAAAAGCUGUCAAUCAUUGGCUUGCACUGCAGCCACUCUCACCUGCGUGACAUACCUGGAGAUGGCUGUAGUUGUCGAUCAAAAUCAUGGUUUCAAGCCGUUUGUCCGACCUCCAAGAUGCAGACUCCAAUCCUACUCUCAACUCGACCACACCAUGCUCGAAUUCACCCAAAACAGUCUUGUCCACUCCUUGAAACAAGCCGUCGAAGUCACUAAUAUCCACAGAAGCUUUUCUACACCAUGUCUGUCCCUUGGCACUAGACUGGAGGAAGAGUGCUCCUGUGAUGCUAAUCCAAGGAUUGAAAUUAUAUGUGGCCAUGGGGCCCCAAAAGUAUAUGCUCUUGUAGUUGAGGUUGCCAUAGCAAUGGCUUCUGGUGUCAGUCCUGUGCCAGCCACAAGUGGGCUAGGCGGUGCCUACAUUUUGCAUGGUCGAAAUGGUGAAGCUAUUGCUGUGGCAAAGCCAAUGGAUGAAGAACCUCUAGCACUUAAUAACCCAAAAGGCUUUGCUGGCCCUAUGCUGGGGCAACCUGGCAUGAAACGCUCCAUCCGAGUGGGUGAGACAGGCCUUCGCGAAUUGGCAGCUUAUCUCCUUGACCAUGGUGGCUUUGCUGGUGUUCCUCCAACAGCAUUGGUGAAAAUUUCUCAUGUUGCAUUCCAUGUAAAUAAUUCAGAAGCAAUUUCGGCUCCACCUUACAAGAUUGCCUCACUUCAACGCUUCGUGGAUCAUGAUUCUGAUGCAGGGGACUUGGGUCCCUCUGGCUUCUCAGUUGCUUCAAUCCAUCGGAUUGGGAUACUCGAUGUGAGACUACUUAAUCUCGAUAGACAUGCUGGGAACAUACUUGUGAAGCACGGGCAUGAGAGUUAUGCUGUUGGGGCUGCAGAGCUUGUGCCCAUAGACCACGGGCUUUGCUUACCCGAGUCACUUGACGAUCCCUAUUUCGAAUGGCUGCAUUGGCCUCAAGCAGGAGUUCCCUUUUCGGAUUCUGAAAUUGAAUACAUAUCCAAUCUCGAUCCAUAUAAAGAUGCAGAGCUGCUAAGAACUGAAAUUCCAUCUCUGAGGGAGUCUUCUAUUCGGAUUCUUGUGCUUUGCACAAUCCUUUUGAAGGGAGCUGUUGCUGCUGGUCUUUGUCUUGCAGAUAUAGGUGAGAUGAUGAGUCGAGAGUUCUGUGGGGGAGAAGAAAAAUUCAGUGUAUUAGAGAAUCUUUGUUUGCUUGCAAAGAAUUGCAUGAGUAGCAUGUCAAACAAUGGCAGUGGCAAUGAUGAUCAAGGCAAAGAAGAACUUGAAAUGUUUCAAUUUGACUAUGAAUGUGAGGAUAGCUCCAAUCAAGUCAUUGAACUUCCUAAACUCUUGCAGAGCCCUGCCAUGAUAGGUAAGCCACCAAAAUUUUCAUAUUCAAAAUCCAUGAGUGGAUUGCUUGAUUCAACAGCACUAUUGACUCCGUUAAAUGAGGAAUAUGAUCGCAAUGCAGGCAGCAUUUAUAUCGCGAAUGAUGGCAAGAACAAUGAUGAUGAUGAUGACAACAAUGAUGAUGACGGCGAUGGAAGUGAAGAUGAUCAUAAGUUGGGGUGCUUGAUGAAGAGCAUGAGUUUUUCUGUACCAAAUUGUAACCAUGAAAGUGAGAGCAUUUCUUUCGGGGAAAUGAUUGAAGAAGAAUGGGAAUUGUUCUUGGAGAGUUUUGAACAAAUUCUGCCUGAGGCUUUUGAAAGCAUAAAGAGCAUGGGCCUGUUGAAGCAAAGGUUGGGAACUUCUUGUAAGUUUUGAAGAAUGUUUAUGUUUGGAGAAUGAGAAAGUGUUGGUUUGUAUCAAAUGUGGAGAAACUGUACAUUAAUGGCCAAAGAAAUGCUGUAGAAUGUAAAUAUAUAAAUACUUUAGGGAAUGAAUGGAAAAGGGAUUGCUAGCUGCGAUCCUUUCCAUCUCACCUUCAAGUUUCUUUUUUUUUUUUU